AUGUCCGUCCCUGCUGCUUCCAAUGUCAAUGCUGCUGGCGAUGCAGCUGCUGCGGCUGCCCCACAAAAGCCUUUCCAGACCAAGCUUGUCCUUCUUGGUGAAGCCGCAGUCGGCAAGUCUUCAGUCGUCCUUCGUUUCGUGCAGAACGACUUCCAGGAGAACAAGGAACCUACUAUCGGCGCUGCUUUCUUGACUCAAAAAUGCCGCCUCGAAGACCGCCUGAUCAAGUUCGAGAUCUGGGAUACUGCAGGACAGGAACGCUUCCACUCGCUCGCACCCAUGUACUACCGCAACGCCCAAGCCUCCGCCGUCAUCUAUGACGUCACCAAAGCUAGCUCCUUUGAAAAAGCCAAGUCUUGGGUCAAGGAACUCCAACGUCAGGCUAACCCCAACAUCGUCAUCGCUUUGGUCGGUAACAAGAUCGAUCUCCUGAGCGAGACCUCCUCUUCUACCUCAACUGCCGCGGAGGAGAAUGACGAUGACGAUGAGACUGUCACUGCAACAGGCGAGGCUGCUGCUAGUGGAGAGUCGUUGCGAGCCGUGCCCAAGGACGAGGCUGAGGCAUAUGCCAAGGAAGCUGGUUUGUUGUUCUUCGAGACUUCGGCAAAGACUGGUGAGGGAGUUGUAGAGGUGUUCACCGAGAUCGCAAAGAAGAUUCCAAUUGACUUGCAUUUUGCAAGGAACGCUGCGGCUGGUGCCGCGGCUGGUGGUGCAGGUAACGGUGGUAGACAGGCGAGUGGGAAUCAGGCUGGUGGUGGUGUCGAUUUGCAAGGUGGACAGCAGGGUAACAGGAAGGAUGCUUGCAAUUGCUAA